CGGAGCGUAUUUAUCUUUAUUGCACUAACGUCUUUGCUAUCGACGUUAUCGUUAAUCUAAUAGCGAUUUGUUCUAUAUAUGAGUGUAUUUAUAGGUGUAUGACUGAAUUAUUUGGGCAAGUAUAUUUACCCCGUCAGUUGUGUGUGAACUGUCUCGUGUAAUAAAUUCGUCCGUGCUCUGUAAAAUCUACCUAAAUAUUUAAAAAAAUUAUAAUAUGCCGAAAAUUUCACAAACUAGAAAAUUCGUUUUAGAAUUCGGCGAAAAUGUUUUUUCAACAGACGGUACUAUUCUAUUUUGUAAGAUCUGUGAAGUUAAAGUGAAUUGCGAAAAACGAUUUACAGUUACUCAACAUGUAAAAACGAAUAAACAUGAGCGGUUGUUAAAUCGUCAACGAAAUAAUAUGAAUAAAGUAUCAACUACACAACAGUUUUUCUCUUCAAGUACCUCCAAAAAAUGUGAAUUUUCAAAAGAUUUAUGUAAGUCAAUGAUGUGUGCUAAUAUUCCUCUUAAUAAAAUUAUGAAUACUGAAUUUCGGUCAUUCCUAGAAAAAUAUACCCUUAAAGAUAUUCCAUGUGAAUCUACUUUAAGAAAAACGUAUUUAAAUGAAUGUUACGAAGAAACAAUCGAUAAAAUUAGAAAACAUGUUGUUGGGAAUAAAAUUUGGGUAUCUAUCGAUGAAAGUACUGACGUCGAAGGUAGAUUUAUUGCGAACGUAAUAGUGGGAACAUUAUUGGUAGAUGAACCUGGUGACAUAUUUUUAUUGACAUCCGAAGUUCUUGAUAAAGUUAAUUUUUCAACAAUAGCUAAACUAUUUGAUGCAUCAAUGUUUACUUUGUGGCCAGAUGGAAUCCGGCACGAUGAUGUACUUUUAUUUGUAAGUGAUGCGGCUCCGUAUAUGAAAAAAGCUGGUACAGCUAUUAAAGCAUUAUAUUCAAAAAUGAUACACGUCACAUGUUUGGCUCACGGAAUGCAUAGAAUAGCAGAAGAAAUACGUAGUCAUUUCCCAAAGGUAGAUAAAUUAAUGUUUUGGAAAAAAACUGUGGUUUUAAUGAUUUAAAAAAAAUAUCAAGCAUUUUAACUGGUGAAGCAACGUCAAUGGAAGGACUACCAGAAGACUUAAAUGGGAAUGACUUGGCACACUUUAAAUACGCACCCAUAACUUCAUCGGAUAUUGAAAGAAGUUUUUCGCGCUACAAAAAUGUACUUACAGACAACCGUCGUUCGUUUGAGAUAGAAAAUAUCAAAAAAGCUCUGGUUAUUCAAUGCAAUACAUUUACGGAUUGAAAAAAUUACAAUCCACCAAACACAAAAUACAAGC